ACACACGCGCACACAAAUCCAGGAAGUAGGUACGGUGCGGUCUCAUCAACGAUCUACUGUUGCCGAACACUUCCCCCACCCCAGACGAAGGCAGAAUGGGGGCAGCGUGCUCAAAGGUUCAGUAAUUUCACUCUGGAACAAAGUGAUAGUACCUGUGAAAUGUUGGGUAGCAUGUCGCUCGUGGGAAUCCCACUUUGUUUUCUGCUUUUUGUCUCCAGUUUGGCUUCAGGGUUUCGGUCAUUGACGUUCACCCCUGACCGAGGCACCACUGUCAACAUCAGCAGGCUAGCCAAAGGAUCAUUAUGCAAAGUGUGCUCUGUAGCGACUCGCAAUUGUGAAGAGUCACUAUUGUUCGAAGGCGACGUCCCUGUCUCUCUGGAAUUCAAUUGCCCCCGACCUGAAAAUGAAUUCAGGGUGGAGAUAACACAAAAGAUUGAAUGUACCACAAAGGCAUGCGGUGAGGACCUCAUGCGGGCGGUUUCACGCUUCGGUCCGUGGUUGGAUUUCCAUCGCAGGUUCACUUGGAACCUGAAAGCCUGGGGACCAAAGUCGGUUCAAGUGGAUUUCACCAAGGGAAUGAGACAAAUUCCUCCAUCUGAAAACUGCUCAGAUAUGCACACUUACACUUUAAAGGCCUUCCAGAAGACCGGGACUGUGCUCAUUGGCAAAUACUGCAGGACAGGCCCCAUCAGCGUCGCUCAGAUUCUAAACCAGGGUAGCUUCUCUCUGGACGUCCCACCAGGACUAGAAGUCCAAAAUGACUAUUUUGCCCUGUCUGGUGGGGAGGACAUCAAAUCUCUUGCCAAAAUCACGUUAGCGCUGCCACGAGGGACAUCUUCCUCUGAGUUGCUCUCUCCAAACUUUCCCGAGAGUUUUCCCGAUGACGACGUGAUGGAGUGGUACUUUGAGCUCACGGAUAAACAAAGCACAGCGAUCGAGUUCCUUGACCUCACGGAGCCACGUUGUCUGAAGAAGGAAACUGCGGCCGAGUACCACACCAAAGGCAGGCGGGCGCUGGUGAUGGGCCUGAGGGACAGCCAGCCGGUCCAGAAUCAGGGAGACUUUUCUCUGAUUCUCAGGAACUGUGAGAUGGACAGAAGGCGAGCUGGUUCUCCUGGACUCUCCCUGAAACUCAAGGUGACAUCUUCAAAGAUCCGCUCACCAGUGCUCUGUAGCGUGGACCUGAAGAAAACAAGGGGCCUUUCUCUGCACGUGGAAAGGCUGAAGCCGGCCUCUCAAUGUGAAAUGAAGAUGAACUCUGUGAUCAUGGAGAAGAUCACCGUCCCAUCUGGAGGCGUUUCUCAACUGUCUUUUCAGGACUGCCUUCCUCAAGACAUCAACGUCACAGCCAGUGGAGUCAUUGGCUGCAGUCAACUUGAAAACUGCCCUAAGGGUCCAGUGCCUCUUAUGGUUCCUUCCUUGCCGAGCUGCCUCCCGUCCCCCCUAAACGCUGUGACCUGGGCCCUCCGCCCUCCUCCUCAUGGCACUGUUGAGCUCACCUCUUUACCUCUGCAGCAGUCCCUGCCGGGUCAACUGUGCGAUGACAAUGUCAUUGCCCUGACGGAGGAUGACGGCACGACUAUAGGCCACUUCUGUCCUCAGGGGGCCAUUCAGAAGGUCCAAAUCCACACCAACGUAUCCGUCACCAUGAGAGGAUCGGGGGGCCGAGGGCCGAGAUCGUCUGUGAAGCCUUUGUUGAUGGCUAGUUUGAAAGAGGAGAUAGCAGAGAGAUACAUAUUCACAGUGUCCCCCAAAAGAGACACGACACUCCUUUUGGCGACGCCCGGUUGGCCAGUAGGGAUGAAGUCCUACGCCACCGUCUCCUGGAUCAUCACGCUCCCCCCGAAGAUGGAGGCGCACUUAAAGUUCGUCAACCUCAGCCAGCCCAAGUGUGCCAACCGGCACACCAAUAUCCGGGUGCAGAGGUUCGACAAUCUGGAGGAGGACUACAGUCGCAGGGAAGACGAGGCGGCCGACGAGAUCAGCGUCUCUGAGAGUUUCUACCUCAACAUGUCCAACUGUAUGCCUGAGAGAGGAGACUUCAUGGUCAUCACCGAGCUAACCGUUCAGAAAAACCAACUAUUGAUCAUCGUCGUGAGCGUGGUCGCUGCCCUGGUGAUCCUUUUCCUCGCCGUGCUGGUGGUUGUCUGUUUCGUAAUUAAGAAGAAGAAAAAGAAGCUCAGUCAUGAGGUGUCCAUCUACAAUCCCAACGGCAGCAGUUUCAAGCCCGGGCACAACGGCUUCCCUAAAACCCGCGAAGACAACGAGUCCCAUGUAUACGAAUCCAUUGAGGACACGCUGGUCUACACCCACCUGCUGAGGAAGGGCGCGCAGAUGGGCGUCUACACAGAUUCAGAUGUGUACGAGCCCUUCACGGGGCCAACAGACUCAAACAACAUCCAGAUGGGGGUCUACCAAGCGUAUCCGUUGCCCCCUCAGCAGGCACCCCCGCUUCCCAACAGGCCCCCUAGCCACAGCGACGCCCUUGUGGACAAUGUGAUUUACGAGGCCCAGCCCGCCUUGGAUAAGCACAACACAGCCACGAUGGGAGCAAGGUUGGAGCCGGAGGGAGGCAACUAAUUGGAUACAGGAUUUCCACCAGACUUUUUUAUUUUAACUCGGAGAUUUUCAUUCCUGUGUCACUUUGUGACAAACUAAAGCUUGGCCUCACGAGACCUUGUUUUUCCUGCAUGGGUUUUUGCACUAAAUUCACAAACUAGAUGUGUUCAGACUUGCCAGUUGCCGGUGUCUGCUUUUAUUCCAAGUGGCGGAGCUUCUCUUGUGAAAUCUGAACCGAGUCACCCUUUACUGCUUGUGACCAGUGCAACUAGAAAAUAUUUUUGGAACAAGGCCUGCUUUUCAAAUUGUACUUUUGUACCAAUCGCAUGUUGAGGAACAGGCAUUUUGCAUGUGUUAUUUAAAUACCUUUUAGCCAUUUUUAAUAAUAAUAAAGUAGCUCAAAGAAAUGCAUCCUUUGUUCUCCACCUGCACGGAAGCUUGCAAAGAACCUAAAAACUCACCAGUUCACUUGAGGCGGAAGGCAGGCUACUCACUGGACUGGUUGCCGGUCUAUCAAAGGGCAUAUUUAGAGACAGACAACCAUUCAGUCACUUAUCGUGGGAACUCAAGGUGUGCUGCUAUAGCACAUUUACUGUCUUUUUAGCUUUGGUGUGUGUGUGUGUGUGUGUGCGUGUGCGUGCACGCGCGCACUUUCCUUCUCAUUAAGAAUUAAAGGCAUUUAUUUUAAAUAAAAUUGCAACUUUAGGCUAUAACUAAUUUGUGGGAGCAGUUCUAUGUACAUUGCAUACUGUAAGACUGCAUAUUGUAAAUUCUUAGAUCCCAAAACAGAUUCACUUUAAAAUCCCAAAUUUCUGACCUUGCCUUUACAUGUUAAGUCUGACGUAAGCUUCCUCCAGUUGAAUCAACUUUUGUGAGGUCAUUUCAUUUGGAGGGUGAAAAAGUUGACACAAUUCCCCUUUGCACGUUUUUGUUGACUCAAAUGAGUCAGAAUCUUGACUCAGUGACAGGGAGGAGCAAAUAUAGCCCCCAGAGGUUUGACAGUUUAUGUGAUCAUCUUGGCUUGUAACUGGCACCCCCCGAGCAUACCAUUUACAGUGAGUAUUGUAUUCAGUCAUUCAAGGCCUCAUUUGUUUUUGUGGUUUUCAUUUUUCAAACAAAUUGCUUCCUCCUCAAAUGUUCAACCUCUCUGAGCUCACAGGUCAAAGCCGAGUUUGGUUAAAGUCGUCAAUAACAGCUUGUUGAAAUUUUGGUCAUAAGAGGACUCAUUCUGCUGUGCAGACCAAAAUAUUUAAUUUAAUCCGAAGCUUCUGGACUAGGCGGUGCACAGAAAUGGCACGGAAUAGCGUUUGCAAAAUUUUUUUUUUAGCUGUAUUUGGUUUAUUAGCUGAUAUAAGAAUAUAAAGAUAGAAAUCCAUUGGUGUUUACUUUGAAAUCUCCCAGCAACGUAAUGCUUUUAUUGUUUUGCUUUGACAAUAAAUGUUUUAAAACAAAAAAAAACUAAAA